CCGUCCUGCCCCAUAAUGACGUGGCUAACAUGCGGAAGCAAAUUCAAACCUCAGGAGUGAAGACCGAAGACAGGAAUCAUCGGCAAAGAAAAAGAUACUUAUAACGGGUCUCACUUGAGGUGAAGGAUGGAGACUAGGGGGACUUCCUCCAGUGGGGAGGGCGUCCUCUCCAGAAUGGCCCUCAACGACAACAAGGCAGGAAUGGAGGGCCUUGACAGGGACAAGAUCAACAAGAUAAUCAUGAAGUCCUCCAAGGGUUCCAGGUUCUAUGAGAACGAGAUGAAGAAGGAACAGCAGGUGAACCAGCGCAUUGAGAGGAUGAUGCUGCAGAAAGCACAUAUCACUGAGCAACAGCUGAGCAAAGCACAAACACAGGUGGAGAAGAUGACCUUUGACCUGGAGAGGGUUCGUAACCUGAGCCAUGUCAUUGUGCAUGUGGACAUGGAUGCCUUCUACGCUGCGGUGGAGACGAGAGACUGUCCUGACCUGAAGGACAAACCCAUGGCCGUGGGCUCAAUGAGCAUGCUGACAACUUCCAACUACCAUGCCAGGAAGUUUGGGGUCCGUGCCGCCAUGCCUGGCUUCAUCGCAAAGAAGCUCUGCCCAAACCUGGUUAUUGUUCCAACCAACUUUGACAAAUACAGAGCAGUGAGCGCUGAAGUCCGGGAGAUCUUUGCAGACUAUGACCCUCACUUUCUGCCCAUGAGUCUGGACGAGGCGUACCUGGACAUCAGUGAGCACCUGGAGCAGAGGAGGGUCUGGCCAGAGGCCCUGCGUACCCACCGUCUCCGGACCAAAAACACUGGGACAGCUACAGUUGAUGAGCAGGGUGAUGGCCUACAGGAGACGGUAGAGGGUCUGUCUCCUGUCCUGUUUGAGGACAGCCCUAGCUCCUCCUCCUCCUGCCCCUUUCUGCAGGAUGCUCUUGGGGGCGGGGCUGGGGGAGACGUGGUGGUGUUUGGGACCUGUGCCGAGGAGGCGGUGAGAGAGAUGCGCUUCCGCAUCGAGCAGAAAACCUCACUAACUGCCAGCGCAGGCAUUGCCCCAAACAUGAUGCUGGCCAAGGUGUGUAGUGAUAAGAACAAACCCAACGGCCAGUACAGACUCCCCUCUAACCGACAAGCUGUCAUGGUAUUCAUACAGGACCUGCCAGUCCGGAAGGUAUCAGGCAUUGGGAAGGUGACAGAGAAGAUGCUGGGAGCUCUAGGUAUCACCAGCUGUGUCCAUCUUGGCCAGGAGAUGUCGCUGCUGGCCUUGCUGUUCUCUGAGACAUCCUGGCACCACUUCCUCCACAUCUCCCUGGGCUUGGGCUCCACACACAUCGAGAGAGAAGGAGAGAGAAAAAGCAUGAGCACAGAGAGGACAUUUGGAGAGAUGAGUGCAUUAGAGGAGCAGUUCUCUCUGUGCAGGCAGCUGUGUCAAGACCUGGCUCAGGACCUGCAGAAGGAGGAUCUCAAGGGCAAGACAGUGACGUUAAAGCUGAAAAAUGUUAACUUUGAGGUGAAAACCAGAGCGUGGACGUUGCCGUGUGCCGUUGCUACGACUGACGAGCUCUUUGCUGUCGCUAAGGACUUGCUGAAGACUGAGAUCGACAACGUCAGCCCCCAGCCACUGAGACUGAGGCUCAUGGGCGUUCGAGUUUCCAGCUUCGUCAGUGCUGAUGACAAGAAACCCCUGCAGAAGAGCAUUGUGGGAUUCCUUCAGCAAGGCGGGGCUGACUCCAGUAGCCCUUCCCAGAUGUCCUCCCAUAAGCCUGUGAAAGAACAUCAACCUAAGCCUCCAGGCCAGACCCAGCCCUUUCCCUGCCCUUUCCUGUUACAGCAGAGCCAGGGGCAGGAGGAUCACCCCUGGGUACCCAGCUGGGGAGGAGUGGAGGUGGGGAGGACUGGGGAGCAGCAGCAGUCCUUCUUCCAGAGAGCUCACACCCAGAGGCUGCGGCUGCAAGCUGAGAGAGCGGACCCAUCAGAGGAUGGAAAGUGGAACGGUUUAGAGACCAGACUGGGCCCAACCUCAUCGGCCACCAACCCCAAAGAGAGACACCCACAGACACCCACUCAGAAGAAUCCAAAUACAUCAGCAGAGACACACUUCUCUAUGAGUGCAUUCACAGCUUCUGACAACAUGAUACAUGCACCUACAGCCAACACCACAGAGGCCCAUGUGUCUACUUCAUCGUGCUGGUCCACAGAGUCAGGGACAGGUAGUCUGACCUGCCCUGUAUGCUUCAGGGAGGUGAACACCACAGACCUGACAGUCUUCAACAGACACAUUGACCAGUGUCUCAGUGGGGUUCCUAUGGAGCAUAACAUUCACACAGACACAGAACUAGAGCGAGGCUCCAGUGUCUGUGAGGAGGAGGUGGAGAAAGAGAGGGAGGAGGAGGUUGAGAAAGAGAUGGCUGAAGAAGAAAGGAGGUGGGAGGAGGGGGUGAUUGAGAAAGGUAGGGACCCACUCAGUAUGUGCAUGUUGGACUCAUUGGGCCUUCGAUUGGACUCUAGUGCAGGUGAUCAUACAGGACUACUUCUGUAUGAGACUAGUACAACUAAUAUUUCACUGAACACUGUGGGCCUGAACCCUGUCUGCCUUAACACUUGUCCAAAUGGAGGUGUAUCUAUACCUAGAGGUACAGACCCUAACAUCCUGAAGGGUUCAUCUCAAAGUGACUCUCGUGUUCGUCCGUUGUCCCCCGGUGGCCCUCGGCCAAUGGCUACGCCGAAGCCUGAGUCACAUGACCCCAGAGACCCCGCCCUCACCUGCCCGGUGUGUCAGGUGACACAGGACACCGAUGACCUCACCCUCUUUAACCAACACGUUGACCUCUGUCUAAACCAGGAAAUCCUGCAUGAGCUUGGAGGACUGGCGUCUGUGGACCGCACCACCCACAAUGCAACACCUGCUGCCCACAAAGAGAGAGAGCAGCCCCUGCAGAGAGCGCCACAGAAAGGCAAGAGCAAAAGGAGAGGCUCGUCUCCCCAGCCCCCCUCUAAGAAGGCCAAAGCCCUGGGCCCAGCUCGGAACACCAUCGACAAGUUCUUUAGGUGAUCCUGAGUAGGACAUCUUAUUCUCAGACGGUGAUGAAGACUGACUGUUACCUGGAUCUCAGGUGAAUGGAGUGCUGGUGACCUCACUAGAAACCAUGCCUACCUACCUAGUACUUCUUGGAUUGCCGGGCAUUUGGAUUACUUACUCAAGCAUUGAAGAUGCACUUUUUUCUUUCAAUAAUGUUUUUUUUAAUGUAUUUUGUGCAUUCUUUAACGUCAUAAUGGUCAUAAGUCAUAAAAAAUUGCUUGAUUUAUUUAUUAUACUGCUAUACUUUAUCAUGUACUACCUGCUGCUAAAUGAGGGGACUCUGUGUUUUUGCGUCUUGUGUUUUGCACUAUUUUAAAUGUAAAGAAGAAUAAGCAUUGAUUAGAGUUGGUCCGACCACAACAGCCUUUUAACAAGAAGCACAAUGAAUGUGAAGAAUAGUGGUUUGAAUAGAAUAACUAAACAGAAUGAGAUUACAUUUUUUAAAUACACUGAACAAAAAUAUAAAGUGUUGGUCUGCACGAAAAGCUUAUUUCUCUCAACA